ACCCAAAACAGAGACAGAUCUACUCUUUCAUUUGUUAUUCUAUUCUUUUAUUAUUCUUGUUCUUCUUCGUUAUACUUGUUUUGUUGUUCUGAAUCUCUCUCAAUGCAAUGGCCAAAGCCUCAAUAUUCAUCUACAUCACCGUAGCACUUGUGCUUCUCUUGUUCCUCUCUUUUUCCCCAAACAAACACAGCACUAACCGUCACCGCCGCCUCAAGCUCCGCUCCAACUUCACUCUCUCCCCAUCGAACCACCGCCCCGUCGCCUUCGACCCCAUCGUCGCCGAGCUCGAGCGUCACCGCGAAGACAAGCAAUGGGAGAAGCAGUACAUCCACCAUUCCCACCCCGAACUCGACUCAGCACCCGCUCACGAGUCACAGCCCGAGUGGGAGGACUUCAUGGACGCCGAAGACUAUCUCAACGACGAGGAUAAGUUCAACAUCACCAAUAGGUUAGUUCUUCUCUUCCCCAAGAUCGAUGUGGACCCCACCGAUUGGCUCAUCACCGAGCACGAGUUGACUCAGUGGAACCUCCAGCAAGCCCAGAGAGAGGUUUUGCAUCGCACCCAGAGAGAGAUGGACAUCCACGAUAAGAACCAUGAUGGCUUUGUUUCUUUUUCCGAGUACGAUCCUCCUAGUUGGGUUCAAAAUGCAGGUAAUGAUUCUUUUGGUUAUGAUAUGGGAUGGUGGAAAGAAGAGCAUUUUAAUGCAUCAGAUGCGGAUGGAGAUGGUCUUCUAAACUUAACUGAAUUCAAUGAUUUUCUGCACCCGGCUGACAGCCAAAACCCAAAGCUUCAUCAAUGGUUGUGCAAGGAGGAAAUCAGAGAAAGAGAUUCAGAUAGAGAUGGGAAGAUAAACUUUAAAGAAUUUUUCCAUGGGCUAUUUGAUUUGGUAAGAAACUAUGAUGAAGAAAAUCACAAUGAUUCUCAUCAUUCUGAUAAUUCAAUGGAUGCUCCAGCUAGAGUGUUGUUUGCUCAGCUUGACAAAGAUGGCGACGGGUACUUGUCAGAUGUUGAACUACUGCCUAUAAUUGGGAAGCUCCAUCCAUCUGAGCAUUAUUAUGCAAAGCAGCAAGCAGAUUACAUCAUAUCGCAGGCAGACGUUGACAAAGAUGGGCGCCUUACUUUGACUGAGAUGAUUGAGAAUCCAUAUGUAUUUUAUAGUGCUAUUUUCAAUGAUGAUGAAGAUGAAUAUGAUUACCACGAUGAGUUCCGAUAAAUUCAUGAGGAUACACAGAAAAGCUUGGGACAAUUCUAGUGCAAAGGAGUCAAUAUUUGAAGGUUUAUGAGAUGCCAGAAUUUUGAUGUUUUGGCCCUUAAUGUGUUCCUUGUCUCAAUCCUGGUGGGGUUUUGAGCGAUGGCAACAUUUAUUGCUUCUUUCCAUUCAUAUUAUAUGCGAGUUCUUGUUUGCUGAUGGGAUCCACCGUGACUUGUCGUAGAGUCACUCCUGGAUUAGUUGGAGGAUUAUACGAUCUGAACUUAAUUGUAAAAUUUGUAGAAUAGGAUUUUCAAAUCAGUGGUUGAGCCAUCAUUAAUUAAGUAGAACACACCAAUUCUCAAUGGAUAAUACAUGUACCAUAGAACUGUAAUGACCAUCAUAAUCCUAGUAGUACUGUGAAUUAUUUUGGACACAAGUAGCAGUGCCAUAUUGUUUAGAAAAACAUUAAUUA